GUCCUCCCACAAAUGGCACAUCGCACUGAUGGAUUCUGUGCUGCGGAACAUCUCAACGUCAUCACCCAAAGCCUGGCAUCAGAUCAGGAGACAAUAGCGAGCCGUUCCAGGAGAACAGUCGAUGAGGCGAAGACCAGCUGCCUGCUGCACUUCCACGCCGACCACCUCUACUACAAUAGGUUCAAAUCCAUCGAAGCCGUCGUGGCUCAGGUGGCUUCCUACAUGCGGGCGGUGAACGACAUCUACGACAAGGCUGACUUUGAAGGAAUCAAGCUGAUUAACUUCAAAGUUAAAUCCCUUCACGUGGUCACUGAGGAGAAUAAAAGUGAUCCUCUGAAUCCUCUUUUCAUCGGUCCAGAGAAACUGCUGAGCCUGUUUUCGGAGAAUAACUGGGGAAACUUUUGCCUGGCCUACCUGCUCACUAACAGAGACUACAGCGGGGUGCUGGGACUCGCCUGGGAAGGCAAAACAAAUAACUGGGGAGGAGUAUGUUCGCAGCAGAUCACCCUCCGGAACGGCCGGGCCUCCACCCUGAACACGGGCCUGGUGACGGUUCAGAACUACGGACAGUUCCUGCCUCCCCGGCAGGUCCAGCUGACCCUGGCCCACGAGCUGGGCCACAGCCUGGGAUCUCCGCAUGAUGAAGGUUCUAAUUGCGGGAACCUGGGCUCUGCUGGAGGGAAAGGCCGUUACUUGAUGUUUCCUCAUGCCACUGAUGAGGUGCGUGAAAACAACGAUAGAUUCUCUCCCUGCAGCAUCCGACACAUCAGCCGGAUCCUGAAGCUGAAAAAGGACGAUUGCUUCGUGGCCAGUGAUCAGCCUAUUUGCGGAAACCAGAUCGUGGAAGAAGGUGAGGAGUGUGAUAUCGGUCACAACGACACGGAUCUCUGCUGCUACAGCGCCUCAAACAGUGUAGAAGUGCAAUGCCGCUUAAAGCCCGGUAAAGUCUGCAGUCCCAGUCAAGGCCUGUGUUGUGGUCAGGACUGCGACUUUAAAGCGGAGGGUCAGAUGUGCGACGAGGAGACGGACUGUCUAAAAGAGGGCGCGUGUUCGGGCCUCUCCCCGCUCUGCCCCGAGCCCGCCGCCAAGGAAAACCUCACCGUCUGCAGCCAGGGCACGCGCGUCUGCGUGAACGGGGUCUGUGCCGAGUCCCUGUGUGUGAGGCACCGCCUGCAUCAGUGUGACUGUCCGGGAGACUCCAUGAAGGAGAAAUGCCACAUGUGCUGCCAACAGCCCGGCAGGCCGGAGACAUGUGCCAGCACCACAUCCUCUGUGCUGUCACGUCACUUUCAGAAAAAGGCUUUGCCCCUGGUGGGCGGGGCUCCGUGCUUUGGGAACCAGGGAUACUGCGACAAAUUCCACAUAUGUCGUCUACUGGAUGCAGACGGCCCCAUCGCCAGGCUCAAGAACUCUUUUCUCCAUUUGGAUGAUUUUGAUGACAUGGCCGAAUGGAUGAAGGCUCAUUGGUGGGUCAUCCUGCUGGUUAUACUGGCCUUGUCCGGAGUGAUGGGCUGCACCAUCUGUCUCUGUAGUCGUACCCUGAACACUCGGGAGUUGGACUGACCCUUGACCUCCGACCCCUCGCCGUCUCUGAGAAAGACCUUCUGGGACCACCUGCUCAACACAUCUCAUGCCAGUUUGUCACCUGAUAUUUUUGUACCCCGUUACGGAGCAGCGCUCCUCAGCCCCCGGGACACUUCUCCGUACAGCCGGCAGCCGGAGUCCUGUGAGACAUGUGCUGUGGAAAAAGUCCAUGCCAACUGUGGGAUAGGUCAGUCUGCCUCCUCUGAGAUACUGUGGACCUCCACUGUCUGCAACAUGGAGCCACUUUUUCCUGCAUACACAGAAACAAAAAGAAGAUUUGUCCUCUGAAGACUGUCUCAAUAGAAAAUAAUAUAUUUGCAUAUGUUUGUUGCACAUUUUUAUCAGUUUAUUGACAUUUUCUUCAUGCAUCUGAUUCUCAGUUUCACUUCACACAUGUUAUCUUUUCUUUUGUUUCCUUACUCUGUAAGUGCAAUAAAUCCCAUAUUGUUGUUUCUCGUUAUUUGAAUUCAUAGCUGUGAGUUUUGUUUUCUCCCUCACUUUGGUCCUCGUUUUGUCUUUUAUUUCUGUUUUGGAUUCUCCAUAAUGCAGCACAUUUUUUGCUGAACAUAAUCAUUAAGGUUUAUUUAAUUGUCAUCCUCUGUACUCUUGCAUUUGAAUCCAUGGCAUGGUUUCAGAAUGUUGCCAAACAUUGAGGAAAUUGCUGCAUGUCUACUUCAGCUAAUAGGCUGCCAGAACCCUAUGUCCACUCAUUGGAAUUUUCUUGGCCUACCAGUUCUUAGGUCUUAAGAUUUUUUAAAAACAAGGCAUGGAAAAGGUUAGGUAAGAAGUGUCACAACAACAGAUGCUGUUCCUCUGAAUUUUUAUUCUCCACUGACAACGGACAACUAAGCCUUUCAGGUGAUUCGACCCUUUAUCUUUUUUAUAAAAAGCUUUAGCUUAUAGACAUGGAGUGGAUUAAUUUCUUGUUGAGACGAUCAAGGACUGCCACUUGUCAUGCAAACCCUUGGUUUUGAUGCUCCUUAAACUUCACUCCCUGGCCUUUGUGUUCCUAAGUCCUAACCACAUUCCUCUGAAAUACCUUUCGGGAUUUGCAAAGAUCUUGUCUGCCUCAGUCUUGUGGUUGGGAAACAUCCCAACAACCCUCGGCCUUGCAACUUUGUCAGAGGAUGUUGCAGUUUGGUUUGGGGAUUUUACGUCAUGAUCAAGGUUAGCUGAGAAUUUCAGAUUUUGAGAUUUUGAAGAACACCACUCCCAUCUUUAGAGUAACUUGUUUUGUCUACAACUCGGCCAAACAUGAGAAGGUAAUGGGCCUUACCUGCCACCAGAUAGGUUCAAACCAUGUCCACCAAGUUACCUUUAUUCAGAACUGUGUCCAUUUGUCUCAAUAUCCUGUUGCCUAUAAAAUGUGAGCCUGCUUUCAAACCUGCUGAUCCUAACCCACUGUAUUAUAUUUCAAUAGAA